AUGCCAAGCCCAAACUACACAGAUGUGACUGAAUUCAUCCUUUUAGGCCUAACUAGUCGGCAGGAACUUCAGGUCCUCUUUUUUGUGAUAUUCUUAAUUGUGUAUGUUAUCACUCUGGUGGGAAAUCUUGGCAUGAUCUUACUAAUCAGUGUCAGUCCCCAGCUCCAGAGUCCCAUGUACUUCUUUCUUAGUCAUUUAUCUUUUGUGGAUGUGUGGUUCUCCUCCAAUGUCACCCCAAAGAUGCUGGAAAACUUAUUAUCCAAGACCAAAACCAUUUCCUAUGUUGGGUGCUUAAUACAGUGUUAUUUUUUUAUUGCUCUUGUCCAUGUGGAGGUCUAUAUCUUGGCUGUCAUGGCCUUUGAUCGAUUUAUGGCCAUCUGUAACCCUCUGCUUUAUGGGAGUAAAAUGUCAAGGACAGUUUGUAUUCGGUUAAUCUCAGUACCCUAUGUUUAUGGCUUCUCUGUAAGCCUCAUUUGUACCUUGUGGACCUAUGGAUUGUACUUCUGUGGAAACUUUGAAAUCAACCACUUCUAUUGUGCAGAUCCACCGCUCAUCAAGAUAGCCUGUGGAGGCAUCCACAUCAAGGAAUAUACCAUGAUCGUCAUUGCAGGAAUUAACUUCACAUAUUCUCUGUCUGUGGUGCUGAUCUCUUAUACAUUCAUUGUUGUGGCUAUCCUUCGCAUGCGCUCUGCAGAGGGGAGAAAGAAGGCUUUCUCCACUUGUGGCUCUCACCUCACAGCUGUUACUAUGUUUUAUGGGACACUCAUUUUCAUGUAUCUCAGGCGCCCUACAGAGGAGUCUGUAGAGCAGGGGAAAAUGGUGGCUGUGUUUUAUACCACAGUCAUUCCUAUGUUGAACCCCAUGAUCUACAGCCUAAGGAACAAGGAUGUAAAAGAGGCAAUGAACAAAGCUAUUCAUAGGGCUUGCUUUGUGAAAUAA